AUGCUUUUGGGUGGUGGGAACACGGAGAAGAUGUGGUCUGUGCAGCUGUUCCUUGGAGUGCUAACCAUCUUGACUGUGACUGUGUAUGUCCCAUCUACACAUGGAGAGCCUUUUCUACUUCAAGAGAACCGAGUCCUUCCAGAGAGAGGAGAUACAAAUCAUGAGAACACUCUUCUGACUCUGCUUCUUAAUAAGAAACUCGCGUGGCGGAGACCGGAAAAUAUUGACUGGGAGCUUGCAAAGAAAUUUGAAGAGCUUGAACAGCUGGAGAAGUUGAAGGAUCAACUCUCAACUGAGGAAGGGUCAGAGGUGGCCUAUGCCUUGGAAAGUCUCUCAUCAUCCCAGCCCAAAAAACGCGCCUGCUUUUGGAAAUACUGCAUCUGAAGGCUUGCCAGUACUGGAGGAUGAAGAUGAGCCCUUCCCCAAACUGCCUUGCUGGGUUUAAUCUACCAGGAUCAUCUACUUGGAAGAUACUUCCCAACUUUUCUUGCUGUCCUGUGUGUGCCACUCAAUCUGCUGUAUACUCUUCCUCUUCUCACCAGGUCCCCCGAGGCACCAAACAUUGAG